AUGGAGAAAGGCACUGUAGCCUACAAAGUCGAAAAGAAGGUAAGAAUUAUCCAUUUUCCAAAUAUAUAUAAAUUUUACGUAAAAUGUAAAAAAUAAUGUAAAAAACAGAUUUUCUUAUACAUAUAAUUAAGAUCACAUCAUUAUUACAAAUUAAUUUUCAGCACAAGGCCAAACACAACCGCUAAACCAACGAGCACCUAGACCGAAAACUCAACUAAAAAAAUAAAAGAUUGACUUGUUCCUUAAGUUAAUAAACGUUUAUCCUAUCGAAUUUGAUAUCAGUUGCCGAAAGAAAUAGUUUUUGAUGCCUUUUUUUACAAUAUAGUAAAACAAGUUUCAAUAUUGAACAAAAAACCGAAUUUUUUUUGAGUUUUGAGUUCAAGAUGCCGUUAAAAAAUAUAAAUUUCUUAAGUAUUCGUAGAACAAUUCAAUUUAACUAACAUAUUAUUAUUCCCAUCUUCAUACAAAACCAUCAUUCGAUUUAGCCACGCAUUUGUCUAGGUAAAGCCAUUUUCCUCACACAACAUUCCUCAUAUUAACCCACGUUACAAAACAAACAAGCAACAACGAGUACAAAGUUCUCAUCCUGAAUUUUAAAAAUUUUGUUAAAAACUUUCAAGAAAAUACUCAAAAUUUAACAAAUUUAGAUAUACAAGAAUUCGAUCAACAUUUUUGUGCCACUCGCAAACAUGAUGGACAUAAAUAUGACUUCAAUAUUGAAGCAAAAUGGCAUUACGCUUCGAAAAGUAAGUUUUUUUAGCAAAUCAGUUCAAAAGCUUUUCGCUAAAAUAACAAAAGUUGGUUUUAUGUCAAAGUACGGUAACAUACAUCUUCAUUUCAACGCGUAUCUAAAAUCCUUUAAAACUUUUUGUUCUUUUUCUAACGCCACAAAUUUUCAGGUGCCUACCAAACAAACUGCUCGGCCGCGCUACAAUUUACGAUUCGGCUUACAAUAUCGGGAAGCCUGUCAAGAAUCCAGACGAACCCUCUCCGAGACAAAGCAACCGUCGCUGAAAGACAGGAAGAAAUUGGCGCUUCUGAGUCACCUCAGAUCCUCCGAGUACGAAGACAACAAACCAUGCCUUCCUCCGUACCGUUUUUACGCAGCGCUAGGUUUUGUGAAGUUCAAUCCUCUCAGUGCGGACGAGUUUCAUACUUUUUAUGAACUUAAAGCGGAACAGUAA